AUGGCAAGUCCGGUGGCCUAUAAUCCAGGUCGCAGCCGAGCCAUACAGCGCAGUUUUGAGCUACUCUGCGACUAUCUCAAUUUCGGCGGCGACCUCGACACGACUGCGGGCGGGCUCGUGCGGCAUGUGCUACGCAGUCCAUAUAUAGCCCCGUUCUUCGACGAGUACACCAGAGACUACCUGAUGGAGGCCGAGGAGGUCGAAGACAUCGAUUACCAGGCCUUGCAGUCCUUUUGCAGGAUGAAAAACGCGUUUCAAUCCAAAAACUACGCACACCGCAGCGCCGUAGACAAAUCCGGUUGGUGCGCAUUGGAUCAUGCAACCAGGUUCAUGGUCCAGGCUCUUCAAUAUAGCUGGCGCAAAGACGGGCCGUGGGAUCAUGGACAGUGGGAGCCAGAGUCGGAUGACGGCGAUGUCGAGUUCUGGCAAGUCUGGAUGGUACUGAGACAUUUGCAGGCCGAAUGGGAGGCUGCAAACCUUGAAGAAUGGAGUGAGGAUGGUCUGAAUGAAAUGUUCAGGCAGUUUCGCCUUAAAUUGUGA